AUGAGCGGCGCACAGCUGUGGAUGGGCUCGGUGCCCAAGGAACUCGACGCCGACGCGAUAUCCACCGCGUUCGUCACCCUCGGCGCGCCCAGACCAACCGCCGUGGCGCUGAGGCGCAGCACGUACCGGGUGAGUGGAUGCCCGGGGGACGCGCCUGUGGGUUUCGCGCUCGUGGACUUCGCGUCCGCCGAGGACGCGUCGAUCGCGCUCGAGACGUGCGCCAACGCGACGUUCAAGGCAAAGGCGCGCAUGGAUGCCCGUGAUGCGUCGACAUCGGACGCCGCGCCGGAGGAUGAGGCCGCCGUCGAAUGCAAUCCGGAGACGACGCACACGUUUCACCUGAGACGAGCCGCGGAGACCCUUCGCAAGAGGGUAUCAUCGACGUCGUUCAAAACCGCGGGAGAUGGGAACGCCGCCGACGGGAAUCGAACCGCCGACGACGACGUGGACCUCGCCGCGCAGCUCGCGCCCCUCGACUGCGCCCAACUCCGCGCGCGACUCGUCGCGUUGAACGCGCCGGUGCCGGACCAAGACGAACGACGAUGGAGAGACGAGGGCGGCACGGGGUUGGCGCGAUUGCGGCUGGUCGAGCGGCUUUGCGCGGCGCACGGCGAACCGAUUGGUAAAGGGGAAAACACGCAAAACACGCACGGGAACGCGCACGACGGGAAUCGAACCCGCGACGCGAGACGCAGGGUCUGGACCAAGGCUGACCCCGCGGCAGUCGCGAAGCCCAUCUCUACGGGCGCGAUUGCGAGGAUGCUGAGAUGCCUCACGGAGCUCGGUUCGUCAGAGACGACGGUUCCGGGAAAGACGAAGGCGCACAGGCGAUGGCCUCGAUCGGCGGUACCCGACCGCGCCGGCGUGAUCGCGUCCGACCGGUACCUGAGCCUCACAAACGCGCCAAACGCCGGGUCUCGACCACGGCGAAAGUUGGAACGAUACCGGUGGGUAUGGGACGAGUGUAAGGCGCUGUUGGCGUCCGUGGCUGGGGACGAGGCGGCGAACGCGUUCGACGGUCUGGCGGUGACGCACAACGUCCGGGGCUCGCCGCACGUCGAUUCCAUGGACGCGGCGCCGCAGUUUGCGUGUUCGCUGGGCGACUUUCGGGCGAUGGACCAUAGUGACGGUUGCGGCGGAUGCUUGUGCGUGGAAACUUCGAUGCAUUCGGUGUGCGCCAUCGAUACCAAAAACGUAAUCGUCUCAAUCGACGGCCGUAAAGUGCACUGGGUGGACCCGCGGUACGUCGGCGAUCGAUGGAGCGUCGUGUGGUACCGCAGGGAUGUUGGUAAAACGGAACCGGUGGUGGACGGGGGCGUGGUGCCGCGGUGGUGGGCGCGAGAGGAGAAGAGCAGCUGGGUUCACGCAAAAAAUCCGGCGGUACCAAAUCCGGAGGCGGCAGAUGCGGACGAUAAGCAGCGGGUAAAGCGGCACAAGCGGCCCCCUCCCCACGUUCCCUUCCACGACUCCAAGCUCACCGCGCUUCUCGCGCCGGCAUUGGGCGGGAACAGCAAGACGGCGGUCGUGGUGACGUGCGCGCAAGAGCACGAGCACGCGGCUGAGACCACGCAGUCGCUGAGGUUCGGCGAGAAGUGCUCGUCGGUGGAGACCAGGGCGAGGGUCGGCGCGGACGCCCUCGCGGAUGCGAUUUCAAAACUAAACGGGAAAAUCGCCGACUGCGAGGAGAAGAUUCGGGCCGUGGAGCGCUGGGAGACGGUCAAGACCACGCGCAGGGACGCGGUGGAGGGUACAGAUGAGGUUGUGAUGACGAGUAAGCUCGUCGGGGCUGAGGAUCUGCGCGAGGAGUUGGAGGCGAUGCUCGCGGAGCGACGAGCGUUGCGUUCACGGGCGGCGGCGUAG